AGUUUCCAAGGUUGCUUGCGUCAAGUCGGCAUUCCUAUCGCUUCUGCCAAAUAUUAAAUAUUCUAGAUUGUCUCAAAAGGGCCACACGUCCCCAUCACGUUUUAAAAUAGCAACUGCAAUAAUUUAAGAUGCACUUUUCACGCCAUUCCAUUAUUCUACAACUAGUAUGUAUCCAGUUGAUAUGCCUCAUAAGAGGAGAAUGGAAUACAAGAGAUUUUAUGAAGAGAGAACACUCACUUAUCAAACCAUACCAAACUGGAUUGAGUAUACCAUUCUGGGAUUUUCUGGGUCAUACUAUGGUCACAAAUGAUUUUGUUAGGCUCACUCCUGACAAGCAGUCUAGAUCAGGUUCACUAUGGAAUUCUAAACCUGUGAAUGUCAGAAAUUGGGACCUACAAAUUCAUUUUAAAGUGCAUGGCAAUGGUAAAGAGCUAUUUGGAGAUGGCUUUGCUGUGUGGUAUGCAAGAGAUAGAAUGGAAGAAGGAAAGGUCUUUGGCAGUAAAGACUUAUUCUAUGGCCUUGCAGUUAUUUUGGAUACAUACAGUAAUCACAAUGGAGCUCACACUCAUCAACACCCCUUUAUAUCUGCGAUGGUAAACAAUGGUACUAUGAGCUACGACCACGAUAGGGAUGGUACGCACACACAACUUGCUGGUUGUGAGGCAAAAUUCCGUAAUUUUAACCAUGACACACACAUUUCGAUCAAAUACGAAAAAGACGUAUUGACAGUGUCCACUGACAUCGAAAACAAGGCAGCUUGGAAAGAAUGCUUCAGCGUUGCUGGCGUUAAACUUCCCACCGGUUAUUACAUUGGUCUGUCGGCAAGCACCGGCGAUCUCUCCGAUAAUCACGACAUACAUUCGAUUCGCUUUUACGAAUUGGAUCUUCCCGAAGAUGUUAACACCGAAGAUCGUUCGCAGAUUUCUCCAUCAGCUACAUACUUCGAACCUCCACGAGAUCACGUCGACGAUCCGAAACCGUCGUCGCUGGGCGGCUUCAAACUGUUCCUCCUGAUGCUGAUUGGUGCGUUGGCGGUGAUCACCUGCGUCGUUCUCGGCAUCAUGUUUUAUCAGCAGCAACAGCAGACGAGAAAACGUCUUUAUUAAAUGCGCCGCGAUUUAUAUUAGUUUUUGUACAAUACAAUGAUUUACAUUCAAUAUACAGCCGAUAAUCAUUUUCUGUCAUCUAGUCAAUUGAUUAAAGGACAAGAACGAGAAACAACAACAAGACACAAAAAAAAACAGCGUGCCAACCAAGCUACAAGUUCUCAACAACACAAUUUAAACUAUGUUAGUUCCAUUUAGAUACGUUAUCAGUUUAUUCUUUUACAAUUUACAUCAUUGUUACACCAAACAUUUAUUUCAUCUUGGUUUUAGUUGUGGUUGCGGCGCAUUCACUGAGAAUAUUAUUCAUUCGGGUUAUCAUUGUUUCGUCUAAAUAUGUACGUAAAACCCGACUUUUUCUUUUUGUUAUAAGUUAAUUGGACUGUUUGCGACUGAUUCGAUUAAUAAUUGCAUAUGCAACAAACUGUGGACAUUAUUACACACUUAUACAUCAUAUUAUAAUAUUUGGUUUUCAGUUGAUUUUGCAUUGGGGCCAAUAAUGUUUUGUUUGCACCAUCAAAUAAGUGACAAAUUCAUCGCGAAUGUUACAAACUGUAAUAUUAUCAUAUUGGCGCGAUCGGCAUUUUUGUGUGUAUAAUUCUUAAUAAAGACAUAUUAAAUUUUGUAUCGUACAAA